ACUGACAUUAGCUUAGGUUAACAAUAGGAGAACAUUGGCUAUUAAACGUUUACUAAGUGACAACGCCCCCCCUCUUUGCGUUAUCUUGACGGGUUUAGUGUUUUGCUAUAUCUUGGCAGCCAGCAUAUCGUUAUCUACUCUACGAGGUUCCUUGAGCAGUGGGUUGUUGCGUCGCUUCCAGUUUUUAAUCUGUAUCUGUUCCUGGAAGCUUGAGAGAUGUUCCCCACUGGCCUGGAGAUCAAAGAUCAAGAAUUAACCGACUAAUGCCGAUGAACGAUGCAUUUGACAACUUGAUGCACUUCUUUUUAGUUCAACUCCGACAUGAACUGGGACAAUCAGCUGAGCUCUAUCCUGUCAGGAGCAGAUAGCAGCGUUGCAAAGAUGAGGGAGAGACUGACGUCACCAGGGAAAUUUGCCAAAGGAGACGAAGAUUUUUUUCCAGUGAGGGAGAGGAUUCGUGAUUCAGAUUUGGGCCCUCCUGCUCUUCCUCCUCGUGCCCCCCUUCUUCGACAGCCUUCCCCAUCCCUCAGUCCAUCUGUUCAGUGGGCAGAUCUAGCUGCUAUCCAGUCACAGCUCCAGAUACAGAGCCAGGCAAUAGAGUCUCUCACCAAGAAACUCCAUGACGUGGAAAGGGAGAGACAGUCUCAACAAUGUCACAUCCAGACACUACAAGAGGAGGUUCACAGGCUGCGUGAGGAGCUGAGGGAGAGGGAAAGCGAGAGGGCGGAUUCGAGGAGGGGACAAAGUCCAGGAGCAGAGAGAAGGAUGGAGCAGUGGAGGAGAGAGGUUGGACGUGAGCUGAGCAAUCUGCGGGGACACAUUACCAGAGCCACGUCGCUAGGCAACCUGGAGGAGAGUUUCAGCUCAAAGCUCCGCAGAGAGGAGCUGGAACACCUGCGGAGAGAGGUGGACCAACUGAAAGCACAACUAAGGAGACAGGGGGAGGAUGUGUUCCUCCAGCAGACCGAGGCCAGAGAGACCAGGAGACAGUACGAACACAGCUGCAAGACACUGGAGGAGCUGACAGACAGCUACAGAACUCACAGCACUGAUCUGGCAAAGACUAUCUCUCAGUAUUCUCACACACAGCAAGAGGUCCGCCAGAUCAGGACAACUGUGUCCGAGCUGAAAGAGGAGGUCAGGAGACUCGUUCUCAAAGAAUGUCAACCAACACCUUUGCAGUCAGCACACACAUCAGGGGCAUCUCCGCUCCCGCUCCCUGGCAGCCACAGUAGAGGGGCCAGAGUUGAACAGGCCGACUCUGACUCCGAAGACUUUAGCCCGACCCCGAGCCUGGCCGAGGUCAGCUCAGAUGAUCUGUCAUGGCUGGAAGACCCUGCUCUUCAUCAGAAGCCACGAGUGCGUUUGAGUGUUCAGUCCAGACGGAGCAACUUUGCUAGUCCAGGAUCAGAUUUGGAAGAUGACAAUGAUGAUGAUGAUGACGAUGACGGUGACGGUGACGGUGAUGAUCUCCUCGAUGAAGAUGUGAACCCAGAUUUUGGAUCUGACCUAAGUCUUAAUGACCUCUGACCUUUUUUUAUAAGGUGACUUAUGUAAUUUCCUUGAGAUGAUUUAGCAAAAUGAAGACCUUUCUUGAUCAGCACAGUUUUUAGAGUUGCAGAACUAUUCUGAAAACCAGAACCUUUGAAAGUAGAAACCGUCAGGAUAACUAUAAUGAUAGGGCUUCUUUUCAUUGUAGUCUCAAUGGAAAGGAAACAAAGGACGGCAAACAGCAGACUUGGCAUGGCAACAGAGGCACAUACAAGUAACAAGUAAUUAAGUCAUCCAACUUAAUUUUAUUACCGUUGCUUAACAGACCUGCUUAGAUGUGUGAUCCAUAGUUCAAGCCAGUGUGGAAACUUUCUUUUAGUGAGGGGAAUUCUCAAAUGCUACUUUUUAAACACGCUAUUUGUAAGAAUGCCAGAAGUGUUGGGGAACUCGGGACGGAUCACGCACUGCUUCUUUUUAAAUUGAUUUUCAAUUGCUUGUCUGAUUAUUCUGUAAACUGUCUGGUCCCACGUGACACUCCCAAACUCCUGCUACCGCAGUAUGCUGAAGCAAACCACCAAAAGAGUCAGCAUUGUUUGCCCUCAGUCUGGUUAGUGAUAUCUGCUAGAGGCAGAGGACUGUGAUAGCCACAAAUCCUCUUUAAAUAAUCUGCAGUAACUGCCCCCACAUGCACACACUGGCUGGGUGCUGGGAACAAACUGAGGAGACAGGCAGCUGUUUAAGCAAGAUUCUUUGUGAGAGGUUCUCAAUCAGAAACUGUUUUCAUGAUGGUGGAUAGCCUUGUGCCUGCACAAUGGCAUUUUUGUAAGUAGCUUUAUUUCUCACUGUAAGCUUGACUGAUUUAAAAGAACACGCCGACUUAUUGGGACUUUAGCUUAUUCACCGUAUCCCCCAGAG